CCGUGUCGACAUCGUUUUUUCGCCGUCUCUCAUUCAUCCUACAACUAUCUUGAUCUAACAUACAACCGAUCUAUAGCUAACCUAAACCUCUCAAACGUCGUCGUCGUCUUGCCCCACCCGCCGUCCCGGCCAAGCGAAACCCCCGUGAUCUUCCACCAUGGCUGAAGCGAAAGAGAUCGAGUUGCUAUGCAACAACCUGAGAUGUCGAGUGGCUUUGAAUACGUUGGGAGAGGCGGUGGUCACCAAUUGUUCUCACAUCUUUUGCGGACCCUGUGCCAACUCGUUGAUCGGAACGGAAAGGAUUUGUCCGGCUUGUAAUGCUCAUCUACCGGGAAGCGAUGAGAUCACGACCAUGUCCCUCAGCCCUCAUACAGAGUGGAAAGCAUCGGUCCUUUCUGGUCUUUCGCCCGGUCUGAUCUUGGAGAUCGCUCAACGAGCCAUGUCGUUCUGGACGUACCAGACCAGUCAACUUUCUGCCUUUCAAGAAUACGUCGUCAAUCAAGCCAAAGAACGAGUUCAUGGGCUCGAAGCUCAACUUCAUCAAGCCGAAGAAGGCAGACAAGCUCAAGAACGCGAAAACCAAAAGCUCAGGGAAAAGCUCGAACAUCAACAAGCCCACCUCUACAAGAUCUCGGACGAGUUGAAGACGGUCAAGGAUGAGUUGAAUAGGGUGUCUACGCAGAAACGUCAGCUCCUGCUCAAGCAACCGCUGGGGAAUGCGAUGGAUCUGCAAGAGGCGGUGAAUGGGCAGCUUUUCUUUGACAAUGAGGAUGAUAUGGCUGGUGUGGGUGCAGGUUAUGGAGGUGUGCGUACUCGGCGUCGAAACAUGUUCGUUUCGGCUCGAUCUCUCGCGCUAAGCUCUUGUCCGCAUUGACCACAGACGAGCACGAACCGAGCUCCGUUUAUGGCUACGCCUAGAGGAUCUGCUCGAGGCACCGUACCCCCUAGCACCGGACAUCGUCGUUCUGACCCUGGUUCCAAACCGCCUCACGUCAUCUCCGGCCCGCUCGGACCCAUCCCUCAUCCUCAAUCCCGCAGCAACAGACUCGAUUACGGCGCUUCGGCUUAUCCCUUGCAUACGGCCUCGACUCCUCGAAUCAAUCAAGGGUUUGGAGGCGCAACUCCCCUCUACGAUACUCGAACCACAGCCAUGCAGCAGAGUCAAGCAAUCAAGCAGAGCAAGAUGAG